UUUUUUUUUUUUACUCAAUACGCACUAAACGAUAAAGGAUUUUAAGAAUUGACACUCACCAUUGCUCACAUAAGAACAAAAGUCAACAUCUGCAAUAUACAUCAACAAAAAAUAAUACAGACAUUUAACCACCCCACUCUUCCUUCUUCAUCCAAUGUCAAGUACCUACCAACCUAAAGACGCUGCGGAAAAUGCAUACUCCGAGGAAAGAACCCCAUCCUACUCUGACAUUCAUCAUAUUACUAAUACUACUUUCGACCCAGGUCAUGGUCGGCCACAAAUUCAUGACUUAGAGCCACCUUAUUCUGCUGUAGCGCAAACAACAGAGGAUGUGAUCACCAUUUCUUCUCAACAACCGCAUUUUGGUUACCAACCACCCCAAUGCCGUCUGUUCCAGAACCCACACCAACUUCCCCCUGUUAACUUAUCUGUACCUGAUUCCUACACCACCGCUUGGGGCUUGAUAGCCGCUCUCGAACUCGAGUCAGAUACAAUUGAGAUCUACGAUCGAUCCAACGAUAGCUUCCAGUAUUCUCUCAAGGGUAGCAUCAGCCUGGACUGGGUCAGUGAAUCGGAGAUACUACUUAAAGAUGCCCGGAUAGACUUUAUGGGAUAUGCGGAUACUGUCGUUCUUCGAUAUGAAUCAGGCAUAGAGGGAUCGUCGCUGACGACAGAAACACCUGUUCAUCAUACCCAUGAUUAUAUCCCCACCCCCUUAGUUUUGGGUCCACCGCCUAUUCAUGCACCUUCAUCAUCUACUGAUGUGCUCGUAGGGACGAGUGCGGAUAAAGGACUAGAAAUGACAAUAUCAGCAUCAAAACCGCAAGCAGACGCAGGGACAGAAAUUAUAGCGGAGACUAGAACCGAAGUAGAAAUAAGAGCGGGAAGAGAAGUAGGAACAGGGACAGGAACAGGAAUAACUACUGGCUCUGCUAGGACCACAGCAGCUACAGCUAGCAAUAAAACGCAAUCAAAGCACCAUGAAUCAUUACCCAUUGAUCUGACAUUACCAGGCCAUCUGCCAGAUAGUACUGAUUUAGCAAUUGGCAAGAUUCGAUACGAACUUCAAGCUAGCUUGGAGAUCACCAUUGCACAGGGUACCGCCGAUGCAUUAACAGAACGUUUUAUCCUACGUCGACCCGUGUUAAUCCACAGGAUUGUCUAUCCAUCAUCCUAUUUGCAGCCCAGAGUCGUCCAAGGGUUAGACAGCGGUGGAGUCGAGAUCCAGAUCAAGGUACCUAGGCUGCUACACUGUGAAAAUACGCUGUUGGCCGUGGAGCUGUACGCAAAGCCAAGGACACGGAAUGUCAAGCUACGCAAGGCUAAAGUCGUAUUUGAACAAAUUGAGACAGAUCGAUACCAGCGAACAUCAUCACCUCAAAUAAGCAUACCUAAGGCCAUCGUACCUCUUGCUUCGCCCGCAACGCCUACUCAUCCCUCUGCUUCAGCAACAUCACCUCCAUGGGGCUAUGCCCGUUCACCAGUACCAGAACCUGCUCCUAGCACUUCAGGACCACCACCAGCACCUCGGCUCUUAACCCGCGCAAUUGCACAGCCGCUUGAGGUUGAAUUCGAAGAGCCAACAUCAGAACUACAGACUCAAAAUUUAAAUUUUCAGCUAGUCCUUUCUCCCGACCUUUGUGUGGAUGUGCAGAGUAAUUGGAUUCAAAUCAGCCACACAGUUAGAGUCGAAGUCGAAUAUACAGCUGAUGAUGAGUCGUAUAUCGUCGUACCUCCUUCUAUAGCACCUUCAGAAGAACAACAGGAGCCUGCUCCCCAAGAACGGGAGCAACGACAGGAUGAACAACAAUUAUCCCAGGAGGAACAACAACUGCAAAUGUCACAACUCGCAAUAGAAUAUCAGCAGCAACAGCAACAGCAUUCUCUACCAUCACUAUGGGACCAGGAAGGCGAUGCAAUAGAAACCGAUGGUACAGAAUCAAUUGCCCAUAUAGAGUCUGAAAGUGAAGCUGACCUUGAGCUUGAGCAGCCUGUAUGGAAACUAGAUGAAAAAAAGAUGUUCACAGAUGGUGAUGACACUGGUUCUUCAACAACGCAAGUCUAUACCGAUAUUUCCCCAGUUGUGCAAGAUUCCGGCCAGCCUUUAGACCUUCCGCCACCACCAUCUUUACUUUCCAGGCCGAAAAACCUUGUGCACUUGUCGGCUUUAUCCACAGGAUCUGCGUCUUCCUCAUACACAUGCUCAGUCGCAACAGAAGAGAUCCCUGUACGAGUUGUACGCGUGGUUUCGACUGCGCUCGUGGACGCUUCGACGCUGGCACAGGCUGCAGGAGAGACAGAAGCUGGCCUUCCAACGUAUGAGAGCGUCAUUGAGGCUACAGGGCUGCCUGCAUAUGCGGAAGAAAAAUUGGAGGAUGACCAUGAAGAGGCGGAGGCUAGCGGAACCGCUACUGGCGUCCUAGGUGGAGCUGCCAGACGCCUUGAGGGUGAGGACGCUGAGAUAGAGCGGCGAUAGAGAAAACCAC